GCGAACUGAUAAAUAGCGUAUUGCCGUUUUGGCUGAGCUAAUGUACCAGUUGCAAUGUGAAUUUAAUUGUCUCAUUAUGUCUAUAAUUCUAGCUUUUAAUAAUGUAUUCUAUUAGUAUUAGAUUAUCCAUAGUAAUACACAGUAAUGUAGUCAGGUUACAGCACUACUUGCUGAAAUGAAAUUUUAAUGUUGACGUUCUGCGCAAAUCUUACUACAUAUCUUUAGCAUGACUAUCAUAGUUUUUCUUAUUGAUACUUCAGCCUCUAUGAACCAACGAGCUUAUUUAGGAGGACGGCCUAAACUACUGGAUAUAGCCAAAGGUGCAGUCGAAACAUUUGUCAAGGUCCGUCAGCGAUCUUUGGAUAGUAAGUUCGAUAGGUAUAUGCUGUUAACGUUCGAAGACCCUCCUCAAAACAUCAAAGCUGGAUGGAAAGAAAGCUUGAAUACGUUCAUGACUGAGCUGAAGAAUUUACAAUGCCAUGGUAUGACAACAAUGGGCACUGCGCUUAAACAUGUUUUUGAUUUACUCAACAUAAAUCGCAUUCAAAGUGGAAUUGAUACGUACGGAAGUGGCAGAUGUCCGUAUUUCUUGGAGCCUGUCGUUAUUGUGGUAAUCACCGAUGGUGGUCGAUUAACGAAUAAUUCUGGAGUUACGGAUGAAUUCAACCUCCCUAUGCAUUCACCGGUUCUGGGAUCAGAAAUGACAAGAGAACCGUUCAGAUGGGAUCAACGUUUGUUUUCUUUAGUUUUACGAUUUUCUGGCACUCCAACCAACGAAAAAGAUAUCGGUGGCCAUGUGCCUACGGAUAAUUCUCCUAUAGAUAGUAUGUGCGAAGUAACUGGUGGCAGGUCUUACAGUAUUACAACCCACCGCAUGCUGCAACAAUGUAUCGAUAGUUUAGUCCAAAAAAUCCAACAUGGAGUUGUGAUCAAUUUUGAAAAAGUCGGACCGGAUCCGUCUCCUUUGUUUCCUGAAAGCAAUAAAGAAAUGGACAUCAUGGACGAUAAGAAAGAAUGGGAUCCAGUUGCUGAGCAGCAAAAAUUAACCUGCAAUACUAGAAAUGGUAAUUCUUUAAACAUACCACCAGUUUUAAACAAUUCUUGGCAUUCGUGUAGGAAAUUGAUUUACGUUCAAAGAAAUCUUCAAAAAAUGCAACUUCCUACUGGUCACUGGCCUAUACCAGAAUCUUUCUGGCCUGAUACCUCGCAUACAACUUUGCCUCCGAGAUCUGCACAUCCCAAUAUCAAGUUUAAUUGCACAAAUCAAGAACCAUUAGUGAUUGAAAAUUUACCUUUUGAUAAAUAUGAAUUGGAACCUAGUCCGUUAACGCAAUACAUUUUGGCUCGAAAGCAACCUACUGUAUGUUGGCAGGUUUUCAUACCCAACAGUUAUAAAAAUUCAGAUGUCAUUCAUCCGUUUGGAUAUCUGAAAGCAAGUACCAGUUUAACAUGUGUAAAUUUGUUCGUCAUGCCGUAUAAUUACCCAGUAUUGCUUCCAUUAUUAGACGAGUUUUUUAAAGUACAUCGUUUGAAAGUGACACCCGAAUGGCGUAGUCAUUUUCAAAAUUAUCUACGUACAGUGCCGGCCUAUUACUGUCAGCCUUUACGAAAGGCUUUGGAAAAAAUGGGGGUUGCUAAGGCCACCGUUCAGGUUUUAAUUCCAGAUACCAUGGAUAACGCUUACAAUUAUAAUAUCGUAAAUUAUUUAAAGAAGUUGAAAAUACAAGGAAAAAUUGAAUUUGAUAAAUUAUGUAACGAGAUUAGCAGUAAACAAAUGAUUGGAAAAGGACAUAGUAACAGUGAAGGAAUCCGUGUUACCACUCGAUCUCCUUUGAAAAAAGAAUUAAUAACUCAUCCGGCUGUGCAAAAAAAAUUUUCAUCUUUACGGGACCAAUUGAAUGAUUUCGCGGGCCAUGUUGUGGCAGUUCCAAGAAGUCGUAAACAGUACGCGAGAAUAGGAUGUCAAAGUUAUAGAAAUCCGUUCGAUAUUCCCAGGCGGAAUUUAUUGGAUCAAGUAUUUCGGAUGCGUUCCAAUUUCUUGCAGAAGAAUCUUACUCACACAAAAUUAUUGGAUGACGAUGUAGCACACAGCAUGCCGGUUUCACAAAUGGGUAACUAUCAAGAAUAUCUUAAACGAAUACCAUCACCUUUGCGUGAAGUUGAAUCUACUCCGGUUAGACAGCAUACAUUUGGCAAUCCGUUUAAAAUCGAUAAACGUAUGAUUAUCGACGAAGCAGAUAUUGACCUCGUUGGUGGUGGUUCGCCGCAACGAAAUCUUUCUAGACGAUCAGGUGCUCCUGAUGUUGCCAGAAUGCCACUGAAACGGAAACCAGGUCCUAUUCCUAGACAUGUUCAAUUGAGAAAGAAGCCAUGCCCGUCUCCACUUCCGUCUCCGAUUGCGUCUCCACAGAUGAGUCCUGUAUCGCCUGCAGUGAACGGUGAUUUAGAGGAAAUGAGCGUUCCAGUUUUUAAACUGGAAGAAGAAAUACGCCCAAGAUCGCCUUCACCUCCUCCGCUCGAUGUUCUGACACCACCAUCGUUGGAACCUUUCGAGCACUAUAACGAAGAUGCACCACCACCAUUAUCAUUAAUGUCUGAUUUUGACGAAAGUACCGCCAAUUUGGUAAGCCAUCCAGACCAAAAUGCGCUCAUUAACGAUUCUGAUGCCGAUAGCGGCGUUGAUGAGUGCAUGAGCGCAAAUAAUGUCGAUGAUGGUGUGGCCAAUGGCUCAAAUAAAGUUAAACAAGUAUUGAGUAAAAAAGAAUUAGAAGAAAUUAAGAGGUACAAUCUUUGUAUACGAGCUUCUAUUUAUAAAGAAGUUAGAAGAUUUGGCAAAAAUCACACAAAACUAUUUGAAUAUUUGCAAUCUUUAAAAGGUCCAAUAGAUAUGCAGAUGAAAAUUGUUAAUGACGCCAUUGAAGAAUCGUUACGAUUUAAACGUAAAAAUCUUGUUAAAUUAUUACAGGAUUUUGCAGAAAAAAUCGUCACUCGUAAAGAAAAUGUUCGUCCGUUGGUAUUGAAAAACGGUCAUAGAUAGUAUUCUAUAUUUAAUUUGGCUCAUUGUGACAGUUUUCUCCAACUCUUGAUGAACCAGCGGUUUCCUUUCUUCUUUUUUGUGAAUUGUUAUAUCAUUGAUACACUCAAAUUCUAUUAUGUUAGAGAAAGCGAUUGAUUACUUUUUGAUUUUUUUUGUCGUAUUCGUUGCCCUUUUGGCAAUUAUUGUUGUAAAAAACUGGUUUUUAGCAAACGUUGAAAUUAGAAAAAAAAAGUAAUUAUUUUUUAA